AUGGACAUUGCGCAGAACUACCAUCGCACGACGUCGACGCUGGACAAGUACCCCGCCAUACUAAGCGCCGGCCUCAAAACGCUCAUUUACAGCGGCGAUGCCGAUGCCAGUGUCAACUUUAUCGGGACCCAACGGUGGAUUACAAAAGGCCUCCAGCUCGCCGUCCAGACUCCUUGGCACGCCUGGUUCGCCCCGGACAAGCAGUUGGCUGGGUUCACGGAGCGGUACACCAACUUGACGUUUACCACGGUCAAGGGCGCGGGGCACAUGGUCCCUGCAACUCGGCCCUUGCACGCCGUGUACAUGUUUGAAUGCUUCAUUUAUGGCGAUGCGGCCUGCGCUACGUUCGACUAUCCCAAGGACGAGCUCGAGUACUUGAGUGGCGCCGAUUUGACGGCCCCGAGCGACAUUUCCCAGCCAGCUACCGGGCGGCGCAACCUACUCUGGUGGGCGCUGGGUGUUGUGGUCGUGAUCGGAGCCGGCGUUGCUGGUACGGUGUUUUUCUUGAAGCGGUCGCACAAGACCAAGCAGUACGUUCAACUGUCCACGGGUGAAGCCAAGCCAGUGUACUCGCAGUAG